AUGCUUCCAUCCUUAACUGCGAAGCGUCAAUUUCGGGAUCCUCAACUGGAUGCACUGCUCGGAGCUUGCGCGUGUCCUGCUUACCUACCUAUCCAAGGUGCCUGCCUACACUGGUACGAAGUACAUCAUGAUGAUGACGGGAGGGCAUCCACCUCCCCGCCAUAG